AUGACUGGAGAUGACUGGCUGUAUGAGAUCAGCAGCGAUGAUGAAAAUGAUCAUCGGGGAGGCUCAGACAUCUCCGACUCUGACGGGGAAUUGGAUCACGGCACUUCCCCGCACAGUCAGCUUCCACCUGUUCCUGGGGCGUUGCCAUUCUUGGACUACCACAGAUGGGCCUCAGGCCAGUCAUACGAUGAACAGCCCCCGCGUUGGUUGCUUUAUACAAUGCAAUGGAAAUUGACCUUGAACAGUAGGAAGGCGGUGGAACAAACCGAGCAGAACCUUGUUAUAGCCCCGAGCGACUUUUGGAAAGAGGUGCUCUCGUCUAAAGUCGACGGGAUUGUUGCCUCGAAAAAGAAAUCUUACGAGACCAGCGCGACGACAAUCGUCAUGUCGGUUCCCAAUGAUCGAUCCGAAGACAAGAUCACAAAGCAUUUUCAAGGGCAACAGAUUGAUUGGCCCGUUGUGGAGAGGCAACUACAAGGAUGGAGCCAGCUUCUCCGCGCUGGCAAGCGUUUGAAGGUUUAUGUGCAGCUGGACUAUGUGGAGAGUCUGUCCACGGGCCGGCCCGCUGGACGAGGCGCUACCGCGAUGGGCCUUGCAGAGCGGAGUGCACGGAUGGAUGCCGAGCAGGAGGCUGCUGGCGAGGUUGACCCGUGGAGGCGGGUCUAUCAGCUCAUGAGAUGCCCGGGUGCCCCGUGCGACAACGGACAGUGGUGCUGGCAGGAUCGCGCCCGAAAGAUGCACCACAAACUGCUUGAUCAUCACAUGAGAGAUCUUGUCCGGUGGGUACAGCAAGGCCAUAGCUUGGAUACCCAUGACGAUGUCCCAGAGGAGAUCCGGGCGCAACUGUAUGCCCAGGAACAACAGGGUCGCAAGCGCAAGCGGCAGGAUUCGGGUUCAAACUCUGCUAGUCAUGUCCCCGUGAUCAUCCACAACCAUAUUCCAGACUAUGUGGCAGCGUCGGACAGAGCGUCACCAGAUCUCGGCAGCCCAGUCAGCCCGCCUCCCCGUCCACUUCCCCUCUGCGUGACUGGGCUGAGGGACGACGCUGUCGAGGCAUACUGCAAAUGGCAUUGCUCCAAAGUAAGAAGCCCUACCCAGAAACGAUACUUCGAGCUUGCAUACAACCUGACGCUCGAGAGGGGACUGGAUCUCGAGCUGGUUCAUGAGGAUAACGAUGCUCAGUUCUUCAUUGAGCAGGGCGUGCUGGAAGGUGUGGCUCGCCGAUGGGUGCGGGAUAUUCAGGUCUAUCUCGAGCAUGAACACAGCAUCGUAGUAGCAUGA